AUGAAUCCUGAAUACGAUUAUCUUUUCAAAUUGUUGCUUAUUGGUGAUUCUGGUGUAGGCAAAUCAUGUCUACUAUUACGUUUUGCUGAUGAUACAUAUACUGAAAGUUAUAUCAGUACAAUUGGUGUUGAUUUCAAAAUUCGAACAAUUGAUCUUGAUGGCAAAACAAUCAAAUUACAAAUUUGGGAUACAGCUGGUCAAGAACGAUUUCGUACCAUUACAAGUAGUUACUAUCGAGGUGCACAUGGUAUUAUUGUUGUUUAUGAUGUCACCGACCAAGAAUCAUUUAAUAAUGUAAAACAAUGGCUUCAAGAAAUCGAUCGUUAUGCUAGUGAAAAUGUGAACAAAUUAUUAGUUGGAAAUAAAUGUGAUUUAACGGCAAAAAAAGCUGUUGAAUAUACUAAAGCAAAAGAAUAUGCAGAUUCAUUAAAUAUUCCAUUUUUGGAAACAUCGGCGAAAAAUUCGACGAAUGUUGAACAGGCAUUUAUGACGAUGGCAACAGAAAUCAAGUCUCGUAUGGCAUCCGUUCAAUCAGGACCGUCGGGUAAACCAUCAACCAAUGUUAAUAUAAAUACCGAAAGAAAGCCAGUACAACAAUCGGGCGGUUGUUGUUAG